UUUUCAUGUGUUGGGUGUGCCGGAAAUUGAUGUAUUAGUUGCUGGAGUUUGAGAAGAAAACUCACUUUCCCCCUUUUUUUUGCAAUUUCAUGUAUUGGGUUUGCCGGGAAUUGACGUAUUAGUUGCCGCAGUUUGAGAAAAGAACUCCCUUUUCCCCUUUUUUUGCAUAUUCGUGUAUUGGGUUUGCUGGGUAUUGACGUAAUAGUUGCCGGAGUUUGCGAAAAAAAACUCCUUUUUCAGUUUUUUCCCUUGUUGGGUUUGCCGGGGAUUGAUGUGUUAGUUGCCGGAGUUUGGCUUUAUUCAACUUUUUAGCAUAUUUCACUUGUUGGGUUUGCUGGAAAUUGACGUGGUAUUUGCCGGAGCAAUGGUGGAAGGCGGUGCAGGACCGGAGUUUCCGGUGGUGUUUUACGAUGGAGAAAGAGAGAUGAAUAUUGGGAGUAUUCGGAUUUACCCUUUGCUAGAAUUCAAAGCGUUUCAGUUGAUGUUAAGCCAGAGGAUCGGAAUCUCACCGAAUCAGAUUUCAAUUUACUUAUGUGAUCGGAAAAGCUCAAAGUUUGAAGAUCGACGGAGGAUACCCAUAACCGGUAAAGCAAAUUUCGGUUUAAUUGCUCGUGAGAAGGACUGUUUCUUUCUCGUGGUUCUAAAACGGUCGCGAAAAUCACGUAACCGAAAGGUAGCAAAAGCGGAUUACGCCGGUGGAUUCAUGACGGAGAAUGAGUUCUCCGUAACUCCACCGGAUAAUCCCAUUCUCCUCCGACGAACCCACCCGAAUCAAAUCGGAUUCGGGUCACCGUUUUUCGAUCAAAUUUCACCAUUAGAACUAGAAAAUUUGAACGAGAAGUUGCAGAGUUUGAAGAUCCAGAGAGACAAUUACAAUUACUCCAUGGGUAUAUCGCAACUGAACUCAAUUCCGAUACAUCGGAAUAAUCCGUACCCGGACCUGGAUCCGUUUCCGAGGAUCCAAGAUACAUUUCCGAUGAAGACGAAAGGUAAAUGCGAGCAAUGCAAGGGUAAUAAUGGAAAUGAAGAAAUUCCCAGUUUUCAUCACUGCAAAAAUGAUCCGGUGAUCGUUGGUGUUUACCGGAGCCGGUUUGGACCGGUGUCGCCGGCCGGUUUUUGUUAGUUUAACCGGCGGUUCAAUUGUACAAAGUUUUUGGGAGCAGAAGAGAGGGAAUCUGCUGCAUUUGUGGUAUAUGGUAAGGAAAAUGUACCAUAAUUUUAGUUUAUAAAAUUAGCCUUAUGAUUAGGGAAGUGAUUAUGAAUGGAUUAUUAAGGAAAUUGGAUUUUGAUUUUGGAGUGGUCAACAAAUUAGCUUGCCACUAAAUAAGUUUUUUUUUUUAAUAUAAAAUAGUUUUUUUUAAAGGAUUAUUCCCUAUAUUGGUUACUUUGGGAGUUUGAAGAAAUGUAAUAUGGAGAUUUUUCCAUGAAUUGAAUUCAUAAAAUAAGUGUGAAUUGAUUUUGAAAUGCAAUUAUU